UUUUGCUCUUGGCAUCCAGUGCAGACCGACACUGCUCGAUCCAACCUUCGAGACAUUUCAUCCGUACCUAGUAAUACUGAUUAGUGCCUUCAGUAGGUACGGUAUUCAGUAGGUAAUUUUGCAUUGGCAGCCCCUUUUGCCAAAGAUUGGCCCCAACUCACCGUGCCAACACGCGAUUCGACGUUGGCGGCCACGAUUUCGUCAAAGAUUCGACUCCUUGCCGUUGGGUGCUUCCAGCGUCCCUGCCGCCCCUGACCUGCGCUGAUCGACAACGAGCCUCCACACCCACGCACCGCACACCUGCCAGCCGCGAUCCUCAAGUCCCUUUACGCAGCAGACACCAAACGAGCCUGUCUCAUCCCGCAGUUUGCCCGGGAAUGGCGACGUCCAAUACCCGUCAUGGCUCGGCCGUAUAGCAGCAAGGGCGACUUCCCCUACCCUCCGCGCUACUACCCGGACUACUCGACCUCGCCGGUCGACGACUGCCUCGCUCUGGUCGCCCAGGCCUGGCGCUGGCUGGUCCGCUUCUGGCGCGAGCGCGGCCGUGGCAUGGUGCUUGGUGCUAUGCUGUCGGCGGCACACCGUCUGCGCCAGAACUUGACCUACAACCGCCUGUGCAGUGUCCCGCACCUGCUCGUGGCCGUCUGGGUGGUGGUGCUGCUCUGGGGAGAGCGAUGGGUGUUCCACUCCAAGGUUGAGAGCUGCCACUGGAGCAACUGGGAGAGCUGGCCUCCCGGCGCCGACCCCCAUCGUGUCGCCCUCGUCGCCGACCCGCAGCUCAUCGACCCGCACUCAUAUCCCGGCCGCCCAUGGCCUCUAAGUCCUCUCACCAUGUUGAUAACCGACAAUUACCUCCGCCGGUCCUACAGCCAGCUGCAGUCGCAGCUCGACCCCGACAGCAUCUUCUUCCUCGGUGACCUGUUCGACGGGGGCAGGGAGUGGAAGACAGCGCACGGGUCGUUUGAGGACCCUGCAUGGGCCCCGCAUCCGAAGAACGAACAAAAGUACCUGAAGAAGUGGCAUAAGUCGUACGGCGAGUUCUACUGGCUGAAGGAGUACGCGAGGUUCGGCGAUAUCUUUCUGAACCCCUGGGUGAGGGCGGUAGCUGAGCAGGGUACGGGACACAAGAGGAGGAAGCUGAUCGCCAGCUUACCCGGCAAUCACGACCUGGGAUUCGGCGACCAGAUCAAAACUGCCGUAAGGGACAGGUUCGAGGCCUACUUUGGAGAGGGGAACCGGGUCGACAUCAUCGGCAACCACACGUUUGUCUCCGUCGACACCGUUUCAAUGAGCGCGGCUUCUUCCGCCGAGGCCGGCCGGCACGACCUGACGGCCAUUUACGAACCGGUCGAGCGCUUCUUGAACAAUGUCAAGAAGGAAAAGCAAAAGGCAGUUGAUAGGGAAUUGCGCUUCCUCCGGGGCGAGGUCUUGGAAAGCCAGUUCAAACACGAGGUCGAGGAACUGGACAAUGCCAAGUUUGACGACACACCCAGCCUGGGAAACAACGCGCCGGAGCUUCCGACAAUCUUGCUCACGCAUGUGCCCCUCCACCGACCGCCUGGCACUCCCUGCGGGCCGCUUCGCGAGCGGUGGCCGCCAACCAAGCCCCCCAAGGGACAGACCGAGCCCGUCUUUCCCGACGACCGCAACGCCAUCUCCGUUUCCCGAGGCUACCAGUACCAAAACGUGCUCGGCGAGAAGGACUCGGAGGAGCUGAUCAAGAAAGUCGGCAACGUCGUCCACGCCUUCUCGGGCGACGACCACGACUACUGCGCCGUCACGCACUCGGACGCCCAGGCCAACGUGCCCGAGAUCACAGUGAAGAGCAUCAGCAUGGCCAUGGGCGUCUCCAAACCGGGCUUCCUGCUCGUGAGCCUGUACAACCCGAUCGACCCGGCCACCGGCCAGCCGCUCUCCGCCGGCCAACCGACGCUCCAAACCCACCUGUGCCUCCUCCCGAGCCAGCUAUCCACCUACCUCCGCUACGUCACCUUCGCGGUCAUCUGCAUCGCCGUGCUCGCGAUCCGCGCCUUCCUGGUCCCCAUCCUCGGGCUGCAGCCCUUUGCGCUCGAGACGGCGGCGCCGCCAGAAAAACGUCGGAGCAUCCUGCCCGUCUUCAAAGCCAAGGUCGAAGACUACGAGGAAUACGCGCUGCCGCGCGGCGGCAGCGGCGGGUCGGCCUCGUCGUCGCAUUUCCUGCUCAACGGCCGCGCCACGCGCGACCGCAGCGGCAGCGGAUCCGCCGCCGCGAACUCCGCGGCGCCGCCCGGGGUGCGGCCCAACGGGCUGGCGGCGCAGGCGAGGAACGCCAGCCCCCGGGGCCGCGGCGGCGACGGGCUGCACCGGUCCGGCUCCUCGUCUUCUGCGCACGGCCGGCGCAAGAGCCACGGGAAGGGCUCCUCCUUGUCGUCGUCGUCGUCGGGAGGGAAGUGGGGCUGGUACGGCGCAGGCAGGACCAGGGCCGCGCCGAGGAUCGAGAUACCCGAUAGCGAGACCGAGGAGGACGGGUAUUAUCCUGCCGCGGGCAAGUGGAGGGCCGCGGGCAGGAAGAGGAGGGCUGGGGUGCGGCACGCGAGGUCGGCGGUUGCGGUCGCGCUGAGGGAGCUGUGGACUACCGUCUGGAGGGUUGCCUGGAUGGUCAUGGCGGUUUUUGGGUGGCUGGCGUGGAAGGGAUAGGGUAUACCGAGUACAUUGGAAGGUGAUUUGGUCUAUAGGUCGUUGUGUAUGAUACUGGCCGGGGGUGUGGGGUUUGAGGGUGUUGGGGUUGUUGUAUACCGUGAGCUAGAGGUAAUGCAUAGCCGCGCAAGAAGGGAAUCUUGAGUUUGGAUAGGGGUAAGAGGUAAUCUGACAGCAUUGGCUUGCCUAGGACUUCCCUUUUUAUGCUCUUGCUCUCUCCGUCUUUUCUGCUUCCUAUUUUCUUCUUCUUCUUCUUUUCCUUUUCUUUUUUUU